UAUGACAUCUUCAAAUGAUUUCCCAACUGGAAAAAAAAAUGUUUUAAGAUGUUCAGCUCUUCACAUGCAGAUACACAGCUCCAGAUUUGUUGAUCUGAUCGUUUGCCUUUUUUUCUUUUGUCUGAUUUCCCAAAGCCAACAAUGGAUACUGAAACCCAACGAGUACAUUGUAAAUGAAUGUAGCCAUUUUAGCGUAUAUUUAUUAAUAUUGUCUUAUGUGCAUUUUUUUUUAUUGCAGAAAAUCAUAGUUUUGUGUGAUUUGAAGCAACAUCCAUAACCUGAUGGAUAACAUGUCUUAUCCUGUGAUACUGACUCUCAUGGUGCCCAAAGAAUCUAAAUCAUACAGACAUAUAUACUUCACUUGUUUUCUGACCCUUUACAUGCUUAUAUUGUCAAUUAAUAUACGUCUUGUUAUGAUCAUUAUCAUGACAAAAGCACUUCAUGAACCGAUGUACAUAUUCUUGUCUUAUCUGUGUGUAAAUGGGGUUUAUGGAGCCACAGGAUUCUACCCUAAAAUUCUGUCUGAUUUAAUGUUGGAUUCAUAUGUGAUCUCCUCUCUCAUGUGUGCUCUGCAGAUCUUUGUUAUUUACAGCUCUUUACUGAAUGAGUUUACAAUAUUAACAGUGAUGUCUUAUGAUAGAUAUGUAGCCAUAUGUAAACCUUUAGAUUAUCAUUCCAAAAUAACUAACUUCACCUGUGUGAAAUUAAUUCUGUUUUCAUGGAUUCUUCCCAACAGCAUCUCAGCUACAGCAAUCCUGUUAUCAUACUUGAGGCCAUUUUGUAAAUAUCACAUCGACAAAUUAUAUUGUGACAACUGGUCAGUUGUAAAACUGUCUUGUACAUCAUCUUUUGUGAAUAAUAUCUAUGGAUAUAUUUUUUCAGUUUUUUUUUUUAGCUGUGUAGUUAUUGUCAUAGUGUCCUAUGUUAAGCUGAUCUCUGCAUGUAAAACAUCUUUAGAAAACAGAAGGAAAUUCUGGCAAACGUGUCUGCCACACAUGUUAUCACUGAUAAAUUUCUCUUUUGCUUUGCUUUUUGAUAUAACGUAUAGCAGAUAUGGUUCAAAUGACAUUCCAGAGAGCCUGCGUCAUUUUCUGGCUUUAGAGUUAGUUAUUGUCCCUCCUGUUUUUAAUCCUGUAAUGUACGGGUUAAAUAUUAGGACAGUGCGCAGAGUUUUUUUCUCGUGUAUUUCAGCAAGAGUGAAUGUUUUAGAAGCUAAAAAGGCUUAAAUCCUUGAUAGUUACUUGAUGUGCUCUACUGAAACACACAUGCAAAAUGGUGUCAUUUGUUUUAUAAAUUAAUUAUAGCAAAAUGUAAGAAAAACAAGCAUAUACAAGCUGCCCUUGGGAAUAGAAAUCAUAAAACAUUCCAGGAAAAAUACAUUUGUUAUGCUUUCACUGCUCCCAAAUGCACUUGUUUGUCUAAAUGACCAAACAAAUAUAAUUAGAAAAGGCCUGACUUGUAUAGUUUAGUAUGAAAAGAGCUAAAUUACUGUCAGUCUUUUUUUUUUGUGAGGUUUUCCUAUAUUUUACUAUUUAAAUAUUUCACUUAAAAUUAUACUGCUAUUUUACAUGUACACCAAUAAUGUGAUUAUUUCCAAUAAUCAGACUUAACCCCAUGUUAACCCCAUUUAUGCAUGUGGGGCAUAAGUGACAUAAAAUUACAUAUGUUUAGAAAACUGACACGAGAGUUUACCGUUCAAGAUAGUGAAUAACACUGAUUAUCUCUUCAUCACGGCACCUGUUAGUGGGUGGAUAUAUUAGGCAGCAAAUGAACAUUUUGUCCUCAAAGUUGAUGUGUUAGAAGCAGGAAAAAUGGG